AUGAAAUACAACGCAGUCCUCCCAUUUCUAAGUCUUGGAUUGGUUCCCACAAUCACCGCCUGGGGAACACUGGGUCAUCAAACAGUCGCAUAUGUAGCUACCAAUUUCGUGGCCGAUGGGACGAAGGAUUACUUUCAGAGUUUGUUGGGAAAUCGAUCGGAGAGUUAUUUGGCAGGGGUGGCGACGUGGGCGGAUAGCUUUAGGUAUACGAAGGCGGGGAGGGCUACGGCGCCGUGGCAUUUUAUCGAUGCGCUGGAUGAUGUUCCUAGGUCUUGUGGGGUGAAGUUUGCAAGGGAUUGUGGCGAGGAGGGUUGUGUUGUGGGAGCUAUUCUAAAUUUUACAAGUCAACUACUGAAUCCGAAUGUGGCGAAGUAUGAUAAAUAUAUUGCUGCAAAGUUUAUCGGAGACAUCCACCAACCCCUCCACGCCGAGAACAUCGACAUCGGAGGUAACAACAUCCACGUAAACUUCACCGGUAAACCCACCAACCUGCAUUCCAUCUGGGAUACCAGCAUACCGGAGAAACUCGUAGGAGGAUAUUCCAUAACCGAUGCUCAAGCCUGGGCCCGCGUCCUCACAACCGCGAUUCAAACCGGAAUAUAUCAAUACCAAGCGCAAUCGUGGCUUUACGGUAUGGAUAUCGGUGAUCCGUUAACGACGGCUUUGGGUUGGGCGAGGGACUCGAAUGCUUUUAUUUGUGAGACGGUUAUGCCGGAUGGAGCGGAGGUUUUGCAGGGUAGGGAGUUGGGGGAUGAGUAUUAUGAGGGGUGUGUGCCGGUGGUUGAAUUACAAGUCGCGCGCGCGGGAUAUAGACUUGCGGCUUGGUUAGAUUUGAUUGUUGGUGGUAUUAGGACGGAGUUGUAG